GUGACAGUGUCGAUCCCGGCGUGAGUGCAUCUCUAUUAUCUCAUCUACAGUUGUCGUCCAUUUUUUGGAGGUUUUUAAAUUGAUUUCUUUUGUUUUAAAAAAUCCGAUUCAUUCGCCACAAGAAUUUCAGCUCUGCUCGCCAGAUUUAUCUGCCGUCUCAUCAAGCAAGGUAUUUAACCAAAAGAAAAAAGCUUAUUAUUUAGCUGCCAUUAUUUGUCUGGGGUUAUUUAGAUUGCAAUGAACGAUAUGUUGUUUGGCUGGGAUUUUUCUUGAGGAAGAAGAAGGUGAAAUUCCUCCAUUUCCCUGAAAAGAUUUUUUCCCCCCUCUUUUUUAUUUUUUCCCUCCAAAAAUGAAUGGCCGUGUGCUGCUGCUGCUAACGCGCGUUCUCCGACCUUCUUGGAGGAUUAGAAUUUUCCCCCCAUUUUCUUUUCUUCUCCAUUUUGGCGGGCUCUACAGGCCAAGGAACCUUCACCGGAUGGGGGGGAAGGGGAGGGGUGUGUUUUGGUAUUCCCAAGCUGCCUUGCAAGGUAGUGUUUGUGUGUGGACAUUCCACCCACCCACCCUCCCACCCACCAUAGUGGGCGUUAGUCUAGACUUGUAUCACUUGGUGCAGCAACGAUUUCUACUACGCUAAAUAGAUCCGCACCUUUACAUUGCUAAUUACCUCGAUUAAUUACCUGGGGGUGGAUAGAUUGAAUCAAAUCUUGCUGGCGCUUUCGAGAUUUACUCAUCGCUCUAAGGUGGUCGCAUUUUUGGGGGGAUCUGCUUUUCUUGGAUGGCGGAGGGUUACAUCGCAUCGCUCAGUCCAUAAACAGGGGCGACCCACGUUGCUCAGCAUUCAGUUCCGUUGGAGCUUCUAGCCAGUUCACAACAGUGCUCUGUUUACUACUACACUUCCUCACAACCGUGGCUCAUUGCUUUAGAGUGCCCGCGCUACUCAAGUUGAUUGUGUAACUUGUGUGAAAAUUUUGAAAAAAACUAUUCUUUCGAAAAAGAAACAACUAUCUUACAAAUUUACAAAACAUUUCCGAAUUGUACAUUCGGAGUCUGCUUUUUUAAAUUUCCUCGAUUUUGAAAAAUGUUUUCCCGAAAAUUGUGCAGUGUUUUGACGCCUGGUAAACGCACGGAUAAAGACGACGCAUACGUUGCCAUGUCAAACGGAAGUCGUCCUAGUAUGUCGUCAGCGUCUUCGCAGCAGCCAUUCCUGACGGACCGAGAGACCUUUGCUCGCAGCUACCGAGUUGGUCACAUCUUGGGAAAAGGCGGAUUCGGCACCGUCUACGCGGGAAUCCGCGUCCGCGACGGCCUCCCCGUGGCCAUUAAGCACGUCCCGAAGAGUUCCGUCACCGCUUGGGGCCAAGUGAACGAUACAAGAGUCCCGCUUGAAUAUUGUCUUCUUCGUCAAGUUUCACAAUGCAAUGGCGUCGUCAGAUUGUUGGACGCUUGCGAUACGGGCGACGUCUUCGUCGUCGUCAUGGAGCGGAUGGAAUCGUGCAAAGAUCUGUUUGACUUUAUCACGGAACGAGGUGCUCUACCCGAAACUAUGGCCAAGAAUUUUUUCCGCCAGGUGGUCGAAGCCGUCAUUCAAUGCCAUCGUGCUGGAGUUGUUCACCGUGACAUUAAGGAUGAAAACAUUUUGGUGGAUUUGAAAACUCUGACCCUUAAGCUGAUCGACUUUGGCUCUGGCGCCUACGUUAAGGACACUUACUUUACCGAUUUUGACGGAACUCGAGUUUACUCACCACCCGAAUGGAUCAACCACCGGAGAUACAUGGGCACGCCCGCUACUGUCUGGUCGAUGGGCAUCCUUCUGUACGACAUGGUCUGCGGUGAUAUUCCCUUCGAGGAGAAUGAGCAAAUCGUCAGCGCCAUUCUCAAUUUCCCAACGUCGAGUACGGGACAUCAGAUUGUCUCUCGACAGUGCCAGGAUCUGAUCCGCAACCUCCUCGAGUACUCUCCAUCAGACCGACCGAGUCUGGAGCAAAUCCUGUCUCAUCCGUGGUUCUACCCGGACGUGGAAGUGACGAAAGUCGACGAUUGUUCACCCUCUGACUGUCUUGCCGCCAUGGAGUCAUCCUCACCAACGACGACUUCAUCCAGCGCAGGAUCCAUACCUGUUCCGUCACCUCGUCGGGCCUCCUUCACCUUGGGUGGCUCUUUGCCUUACUCGCUGACACCAUCCGCCUCGACAGCUUCGUCUUCACGCAACAGCAUGACGGAAGAGGUUGACCUGCUCGACUGCGAGUACGCCAUGGAGGCCGUCAUCUAUCACGAGGAGCAAUGGGCUCAUUAACAAGAAAAAGAGUUUCUUCAACAAAUACUCUCAUUCUAAUGAUGACCCCUAACUUUAAAUAACCUUCACAUCCAUCACCGUAGUCAGCGGUGUUAAUGGACCAAAGAUCUUUUCCCGUCUCCUGCAACUCUUUUGUAUAAUAACGAAAAA